AUGGCGGAAAGAUCACCAGCUGCAUCACCCAGCAGCACACCAUCCUCAAUGACUCCUCACACAUUUCCCGUGCACCCACGGAGAAUACGCCCAAGCAACCUGCAAACAAACUUCACCUCCAGCCCCCAUCAAGUGGCAAUUCCGCCAUCUGCAAUCAGUGCCUCCUCGGUUUCCGUGGCAUCGAGUCUGCAGGGCUCUCCCGUCUUCUCCCUAGAUGCCGCCCCAGGGCUCACACAAAGCAGCUCAAUACAAGCAUCACCGGAACCGCUGCGGGGCAGAGACCCUGAACAAUACCCUUCAGGAUUUCAACUACCAGAACCAGUAUUACCACAAUCAUCGCUGUCGCGGAAAACAAGCAUGGGGUCACUGUAUCAACCGGUACAGCCUUCUGGCAACUCAUCCUUGCCCGAAGUCCCAAACAAGGGCCUAUUCCGCAGACUCUCAAACAAAGCCACCAACACCUUCAGGUCACCUAGAAGGCAAUCAUCAGCUCACGGCACCAAGCGGGGUGCCAGUGUUGGGCCGGGACUCGCCAGACCACGCCAACGAAGUAACAGCGAUCUCACAAACCCCUUCACAGACUCGGAUGAUGAGCCUUUCAUCGACCUCGACGACAAGAUCUCUUUCCUCAACAUUUCUGUUGAGUCUAAUGCCCGAGAUUUAUCACCGACAAGUGCUCCGGCAUCCAUCAACGGCAGCAAUUCGUCUAGCGGCCCCAUGACCGUCGUCGCUGGUCCCACAUAUCCACUGGAGCUACUCCAAGGAACCAAGGUUACGAAGUUCGCUAAGAAGAGGGGCUCCACAACCAGCCGAAAACAGUUGAUGCUGGUACUGGACGCCGAAUCUGCCAAGAUCACCUGGGACAAGAGCAAGCCUUCCAAGUCUAUCUACAUCGACGAUAUUAAGGAUAUCCGGACGGCAGAGGACAUUCGUCAGUACAGGCUCGACUUUGGCAUCCCGGAGUCCGAGGAGCCUCUGUGCUUCUCCAUCAUCUAUGCCACCCACGAUGCAAAGCCAAAGACAAAGAUGAUGCAUCUUGUGGCUGGAGAUCCUGCCAUAGUAGAGAUGUGGGUUUCGACCUUGCACACAAUCUCGAUGCAUCGUCAGGAUAUCAUGUCUUCUCUCAUGGCCUUUAACGACAAGGCCAUCAGGACGUACUGGAAGAAUGAGCUGCACAAACAACUAAAGAAUACCAGCAACAACGGUGAGGAAAAUAUCGAUUUCCCAGGCGUCGAACGCGUGUGUCAAAACCUUCAUAUCCACGUGUCUUCCGAGACUUUGAAAGAGAAGUUUCUAGAGGCGCUAGGGCCUUCGUCUGUUGACGCUGAGGCAUCCGUCAAGAACGGUCGUCUCAACUUCAGCCAGUUUCAGGAGUUUGUGCGACUCAUGAAGAGACGGGCCGACAUUCGCCCCAUCUUUCGCGAAAGGGCAUCAGAUAUCGAACGCGGCAUGACGCUUCUUGACUUCAUCAGCUUUCUUACAGAUGUGCAAAACGAGGACGUCGACGCCGACAGGGCCUACUGGGAAGCUAUCUUUGCUCGCUUUGCCAAACGCAACAAGUCGAAGGAUGUGGAGGGCGAUGAUGUUCCGCGUAUCAGCGAAGCUGGCCUAGUCAGCUUCCUGACUUCGACUUACAAUGUCCCCAUCGUCAGCGCUCCCAAAAACUACACUCUCGACCGACCGAUCAACGAGUACUACAUCUCAAGCUCGCAUAACACUUACCUUCUGGGACGUCAAGUUAUGGGCUUUUCCAGUGUUGAGGGAUACAUCUCGGCCCUGAUGCGCGGUUGCCGCUCCGUGGAGGUUGACUGCUGGGAUGGUGGUGAUGGCUGGCCUCUGGUGUCACACGGGUGGACGAUGACGACUAACAUUGCCUUUCGCGAAGUGAUGAACGUUAUCAACAAGUACGCUUUUGUCAAGUCCGAAUUCCCGUUGUGGAUAUCUCUCGAAGUUCACUGCAACCCGGAUCAGCAGAGAAAGAUGGUGGCGAUCAUGAAGGAAAUCUUUGGGGCCAGGCUGGUCACCGAGCCUCUGGAAGGUGUCCCCGCCGACAAACUCCCUUCGCCAUCGCAGCUGAAGAACCGUAUCCUCAUCAAGGCAAAGAAACCGGGUCACGAGGAGCCUAACCCGGAGCGGACCGGACGUCGACGAGGUAACAGCCUCACAUCUCCAUACACGAAGCCGGUUAUGCUUGAUAACUCAAGCAUCCCUUCCCAAUCGCUGCCGCACAGCCCCCUGCUUACUCCCACACACUCGCAAAUUCGUCGCAUGGGAGGUAAGACACGUGUCAACACAAUAACCGAGGGUAGAGUGCACGAUUCGACGAGCGGUAGCCCUAGUGACUGUGACAGCGGCAGCGAGCGCGACAUUCAGCAGCCUAUUAGCCCCAACAGCGGAACCAGCAAAAUCGUCAAGGAGCUUGGCGAUCUUGCUGUGUACUGCGCCGGCAUUAAGUUUUCUGGUUUCGAGCACCCCGACUCCAAGACUGUCAACCAUAUCUUUUCUUUCCAUGAGGGCACGUUCCAGAGGCAUGGGAGGCCCGGAGAUGCGAAGCGCGCUUUAUACAGGCACAACAUGCGCUACAUGAUGCGAGUCUAUCCUCACCGUGGCAGGGUCUACUCGAGCAACUUCGACCCGCUUCUCAUGUGGCGGCGUGGCGUGCAAAUGGCUGCGCUAAACUGGCAGACGUUUGAUCUCGGGAUGCAGCUCAACCACGCCAUGUACGAUGGUGGCAUGGAUCAGUCGGGUUACGUGCUCAAACCCAAGGAGUUCCGCGAGAUCCAGCACUUCCCGUACCUGCCCGAGCACAUGGUUGGCGGCAAGCGUCCUCGCAAGAACGUCAAGUUCAGCAUUGAUGUCAUCUCUGCCCAGCAGCUCAUGCGACCCCACAACCUUCGGGAUCGUCAUACCCUUGACCCGUACAUUGAGGUCGAGGCAUUCCUGGCUGACGACAAGAGAAACACAAACAAGGAGUACUCUGACGCCGGGCCAAGCAAGACCAAGCACAAGACGCCCAUCGCCAAAGAUAACGGCUUCAACCCCAUCUUCGACCAGAGAUACAACUUCAACUUCAAUACCAAGUACCCGGAUCUCAUCUUCAUCCGAUGGACCGUUCGCCUCUCGGAAGGCGGAAGCCAAAGCGAUCGUAGCACGAUUCUUGGUACUUUCACUGCGAAGCUUACUAGCCUGAAGCAGGGCUACCGCACCCUACCCCUGCUCGAUGCUAAUGGUGAUCAAUACCUUUUCUCAACCUUAUUCUGCCGCAUCAAAGUCGAGGCUCCGACCGACAUCUACAUCGACUACCAAGAAGGUACUGAGAGUGUCAACAAGCUUCGCAGCCUCGGGCGAACUGUUUUCAACCGCUCCAACAACAGCCCCAAGUCAAGCGUCGAUGGCGGUAGUCAAUAA